GGCGGCCAUGGCGGUGCCGGCGCUGCCGGUGGCGGAGCCGCUGCCGGGGGGCCCGGCCGAGCCCAACCCCUUCUCCUUCCACGAGUUCGUCCGCUCCAAGGCCCGCGGCGGGGGUGGCGCGGGCGCUGACACACAGGCGGCUUGGGCCGCGCCCGCUGUGCCCCCGCUGCCCGCAGUGGCCUCAGAGUCGGGGGACGAGCAGGAGGACGAGGAGGAGGAAUGGAGCGAGAGCUACCGGCCGCUGGCCGUGGAGCAGGAACACCUGGGAAGCGCCGGAGCCGCGCCGGGGCCGGGCCGGGUUCCCCCUGGGCAGCCGAGCUACGAACAGCUAAAAGAAGAGAAUGCUAUUUUGAGAAACAAGAUCAACAAGCUUCAGAUUCUGUCUGAAACUCAAGCAGACAAGAUGAGGAAGCUUGAGAAGAAGCUUGAGGAAAACAAAAUCAAAGAAGAAAAGGAAGCACGGGAUUUGGAAGCAAUGGUGCAGCACGUGGAGCAGAAUCUGCAGCUGAUGACUAAAAGGGCUGCCAAGGCUGAGAACAGUGCUGCCAAACUGAGGCAGGAGAAUGCACAGCUGCAGUCAAUGAUUACAUUCCAGCCCAUCAGCUGCUGUGGGAAUGCACCAUUAGCUGUAGAGUAUCUGCUGCGGUUCCGGGGUUGUUUCUCAUGGGUUCUGCCCCUCGCCCCAGGCGGAGCUGAGGAAUUCCAGGCUGGAGAAGGAGGAGCUGCGGGCGGGCCAGGCGGGAUUGGCCGCGGCCAAGCAGAACGCGGAGGCGGCGCUGCAGCAGCUGCUGCAGGUCACAGCCAGCUCCCGAGCAUCCAUCAGGCAGCUGCUGUCUGGAGCAGAAUCCCUGCAGCUCGUGGCUGAUCUCCUGAAAUCCAUAGACAGAAUCUCUGAGGUGUCAGAGGACAGACACUGAGUGACUCACACAGCACGGAGCACUUUGUUUUCAUAUGGAAACCAUUACUAAAAAGUGAUUUUUUUAA